CCCUCCCCAAAUCUCCAAUUCUCCAUCUCACUCCCUAAUUUCCACAUCUACAACCAAACACCACACAAACACACACUCCCCCACUCUCUCAGCUAGGGUUUCCUCGCCGCCGUCUAUGGCCGAAGUAAUGGAAGACGUUCCGGCCGAUGACAACACCUUAGACCGCCGCCGUGACCGUGACCGUGACCGUGACCGUUCACGUAGCAAAUCAAAGUCAAAAUCCUCCUCACCACCGCUUGACCGUGACCGUGAACCUAUAACCGCAACAUCUUCUCCUCCACCACCACAACCACCACCACUACCUCCUCCACCGCGUCGCAGCUUAGAACGCCGCCGAGACAGAGAUUCACGCGACCGCGAUAGCCGAGACAGAGAUUUCGAUCGUAACCCUAGAGGUGGUGGUGGUGGUCGUAACGACUAUUACGACCGUUCGAAUUUUAGAGAGCGUGAUUACAAGCGCGCAAGGGCGAGUCAUAGUCCACCUCCACAUCCACAUCCACCUCAUCAUCAUCCUUUUCCUCCUUAUAGAGAUCGACGCGGCGGCGGCGGUGGUGGUGGUGGAUAUUCGCCACCACCUCAUCGUAACCGUUCGCCUCCGUUUCAUCAACCGUAUAAAAGGUCGCGUAGAGAUGAUUAUGAUGGUGGACGACGUGGUGGUAGCCCUAGAGGUGGUUUUGGACACGGAGAUCGAAGAUAUGGUUAUGAUCGUCAAGUCGGUUAUGAGCGUGAUAUGGGGGGUAGACCUGGUUAUCCUGAUGAGAGGCAUCAUGGACGAUUUGCAGGCCGCUCAGGUGGCUAUCGAGGUGAUUGGGGCCCUGGUCGGGGAGGAUUUGCAGAUACUUUUGGCGCAGGGAACAAUCAAAGAGAGGGAUUGAAGUCUUAUAAGCAAUUCAUUCAGGAGCUUGAAGAUGAUAUCUUGCCAGCUGAAGCUGAGCGCAGGUACCAAGAAUACAAGGCUGGGUACAUAGAAGCACAAAAAAGAGCUUAUUUUAAUGCGCAUAAGAAUGAAGAAUGGUUGAAAGACAAAUACCAUCCGACAAACUUAAUUUCUGUUAUUGAAAGGAGGGAUGAGCUUGCAAGGAAAUCGGCAAAGGAUUUCUUACUUGAUUUGCAGAGUGGAACUUUAGACAUAGGUCCUGGUGUUACACCUGCUUCUGCAAAUAAAUCAGGACAGUCAAGUGAGCCAAAUUCGGAUGAAGAAGCAGAUGAAAGUGGCAAAAGGAGGCGGCAUGGGAGAGGGUCCACUAAAGAAACUGACUUACUUUCAGCUGCUCCAAAGGCUCAUCAAGUGAGUUCUGAUCCCAGAAGAAUCCAGAUUGAUGUUGAACAAGCACAGGCACUUGUGAGGAAGCUUGACUCCGAGAAGGGAAUAGAGGAUAACAUAUUAUCUCGGUCUGAUAAUGAUAGGGGAAGCAGAGACAAGUCUCAUGGUUCCUCUGGCCCAGUUAUUAUCAUAAGGGGCUUAACUUCAGUAAAAGGUCUCGAGGGAACUGAGCUACUUGAUACACUUCUAACCUAUCUGUGGCGCAUUCAUGGGGUGGAUUAUUAUGGCGUGAUUGAGACAAAUGAAGCUAAGGGUCUUCGGCAUGUGAGGCUAGAUGGCAAGGCCUCUGAUGCGACAAGCAACGGAGAAGAGUGGGAAACAAAACUAGACUCGCAUUGGCAAGACAGGCUGAAGGGGCGGGAUCCUUUGGAGGUAAUGGCUGCAAAGGAAAAAAUUGAUGCUGCUGCUGCCGAAGCCUUAGAUCCCUAUGUCCGUAAGAUUAGGGAUGAGAAGUAUGGCUGGAAGUAUGGUUGUGGAGCCAAAGGUUGUACAAAGCUCUUCCAUGCUGCUGAAUUUGUCCAUAAACAUUUAAAGUUGAAACACCCUGAUCUGGCGGUGGAUCUUACUACUAAAGUGCGUGAAGAUUUAUACUUCAAGAACUAUAUGAAUGAUGUAAAUGCUCCUGGUGGGACUCCUGUAAUGCUGCCAUCUAUGCCGAAAGAGAAGCCACUAAGGCGCGGACCUGGGCUAGAUGGCCGACUGAAGGAUGACAGAGGGAACCGUAGAGACCGUGAUGGACGUGCUAAUGGUGGUGAAAGGUUCGAUAUGUCUGACAAUCCACAAUCUGGGGAUUUUCAGUCCAAUAAUGAUGGUGCCGGUGGGGGAAACCCUGAUGAAGAAAUGUUUGAUACUUUUGGUGGACAAGGAAUUCCAGUUGCGUCUUUCCCUUCAGACAUGGCUCCUCCACCAGUGUUGAUGCCUGUUCCUGGUGCUGGUCCUCUUGGGCCUUUUGUUCCUGCGCCUCCUGAAGUUGCAAUGCGAAUGAUGCGAGAACAAGGAGGGCCCACUCCUUUUGAAGGUGGUAGAAAUGGGAGGUCUGGGCCUGCAAUAAGUGGGGCGUCCCCGAUAAUUGCUUUACCUCCUGGAUUUCGACAGGAUCCUCGUCGUUUGCGAAGCUACAAUGAUCUUGAUGCACCUGAAGAUGAAGUUACUGUAAUAGAUUACAGGAGUUUGUAGAGUAGACAUGGAGAAUGAUGUAUUUUCAAGUGAGUAGAGGCAACCUGCAUUGAUGCAACAUGCAACUACGUUGAUGUCGAAGCAAAGAGCAGAUACUUGAUGUCUUGAAGUUGACAAUGAUCAAUGCGACCAACUGCGUUUACAUGCAUAGUUGGUCUUUUAGUUGAAGAUGUAUUGUGGUGGAGGGCUGGUGGUUAGUUGAAGAUUUGCUAGAUAUUUCCAGGUUCUGCAUGAGCGUUUAAGCUUGUAGAAUUUCCAAUUUUUUCUCCUCCCCCACUUGUUGUAGCAAAAUUUCAGAUGUGCCAAUAAGAACUUGAAAUGGAAGAAACACGGAUGGCUAAUUUAUGCUGCUGUAAAAAUUAAUUUGUGACUAGAGUUGUCAGUUUGUUUUGGUGUUGCGAUUUGCAUAACUUAAUAUUGAAGAAAAAUUAUGACUCUUGAGAUUUCUGAUAA